CCGGCGGCCAAUGGCCAAGGGGCGGCCCCGCCCAGUGCCCCGACCCGGCCCGGUCGCCAGCGGCAGCGGAGCCGGGUGGUUGAAGAGAAGAUGGGACGGUGGCAGGACAUGGAUCUGGAGGAGCUGGAGGAGCAAUACUCGCCCAGCCGCUGGUCCCGCCGUAUGGACAGCGAGAGCGUCAUCCAGGCCCACAUCGAUGUGAUGACCGCAGGAACGCAGAAGGCCCAGGCUGCUGCACAGACCUCGCUGCACGUCCCCUAUGGAGAUGGGGAUGGGGAGAAGCUCGAUAUUUAUUUUCCUGCGGACUCUAAUGAAACUUUCCCGGUCUUUGUCUACAUCCAUGGUGGAUACUGGCAGUGCUUGAGUAAGGACGCGUCGGGUUUCGCAGCCCCUGCGCUGCUGUCACAGGGCAUUGCAGUGGUGGCCAUGGGUUACGACAUUGCUCCCAAAGGUCACAUGGAUGCAAUGGUGCUCCAGGUGCGACGCAGCCUUGCCUUCCUGGUGAAGCAAUACCACAGGAUCAGGGGUAUUUACUUGUGUGGGCACUCAGCAGGGGCUCACCUGGCAGCCAUGGUCUUGUCCACAGACUGGACAGAAUUUGGAGUGGUUCCAGAUAUCAGAGGAGCUGUUCUGGUGAGCGGUGUGUAUGACCUGGAGCCCCUUCUGCACACCUACGUGAAUGAUGCACUGAACAUGAGCCUGGAAGUGGCCCAGAGGAACAGCCCCAUCCUGUGUGUCACACAAGCAGUGCCUGUGGCUGCAUCCUGUGAGGUGCUUGUGGCUGUGGCCCAGCAUGACUCCCCGGAGUUCCGCAGGCAGUCACAGGAGUACAGCCAGCUGGGGUUCCCCCUGCCAGCACUGAUCUGUCCACAGGCUCUGCGCUUAGCUGGUUGGUCUGUCUCUUUGUUGGAUCUUGCCAGCGUGGAUCACUUUGACAUCAUUGAGAAGUUGUCAGAGGAAACUUAUGUCCUCACUCAGGUGAUUCUGAACAUGAUUGCGAGAGCUUGAUGACAUGUUGGAACAAACUGGAGAUGGAAACCUCAGCCCUGUGCAGUGACAGACAGCCUUCAUGCACUCUGCCCUGUGCUUGUCCUUGUUUUCUCUUUCCAGCCCAUUGGGGCCCCUGUGGCACACGGCAGUUGCUGCUCCAAGAUACCAUUUUUGGUUCUGUAAGGGGCAGAUGAGCCUCCACUGCUCCUCCCAGCCUGCCAGCAGCAUGCCCUCACAGCAGGAGAGCUCCAGUUAGCACAGGCUAGUGUCAGUGAUGAUAUUCCUUCAUUGAGGUGUUCCUGUGCUUCGUGGAUGUUCUCUGAGCUGGGCCAUCUGUGGUGAGCAGAGCUGACUGCCUGCUGUGGGUCUGUCUGCUGACUGGAUGUUGAAGUUUGUUCCUUGAAGCUGCUAAUUGCCAAUACAAAAUAAAAUAGGAAUAAGUGC